CAGCCAUCCCCCGUUUCGCCCCUCUGCAUACUCUUUCAUGUCACAGCUAGCCACUCAAUGGAAGAAAAACGCGCCAAAACCUUGGAGGCGCUGUCCGAAUUUAUACAGUCGCAAAAGACCCUGCUAGAGCAAACACAGAGGGACAUUGCUAGACUACGAGAACUCAGGGGAAAUGUGGCGGGUCAUCCAGACGAUGCUCUGAGUAUCUUUACGGAACAGGUGAACACGAUCGCCGUCCCGCUCACUGCACAACCGGAUGUGGUGGCGUCAGUCGCACACGAGUUAGACUGGGAUGCCUUCAGAACAUGCGACCCAGGGCCAUUCAAGGACCUCGCAUCCUCCCUGCGACGUGCCCAGGCCGAACGCGACAAACCCUCGUUGAAACAGACCUCUGCGCUGUCCGACCUCCAAAGGUUAGUGAAAGACGCCCGGAUUCCAAUAAUCGACCCGGUCCUCGCAUCCUACGCCUUCCUCAACGAGCCCGACUCUGAGCCCGACGAGCCGCCCGACCCUGAAGAGAUCCGCCGUGCCCUUGAGCGAGAGAAGAUCCGCGAGCUGAAACAGCGGCGCAUCAGGUCUGAUGCUCCUGUGCCUGUACUCGCAGGACUGCGUCGACCCACGCAGGCGUCGUACGGCGUGUUCGUUCGGCGAGAUCAGGAGGACGAGAGUGCGGAGGUGGAUAUAUCCUUGGACGCGGAUGGCGAGGCUGGCGAGCGCAUCCCGUCUGUAUUCGAUGGACUGGAUACGGGGCCUAAGGAGGUGGACACGCCGCCGACGUCGGUUGCAUCCCCGGUUUCGGCCAAGGCAGCCCUCCCGCCAUUGGUGGACAAGACCUCCCGUGAUCGUCGACUACCCAAGAAUACUCAGCGCUCCGCUACUUCAGCCUCAUCGUCCCGCAAUAUUCACAAGAGAGAGAAGGAUACGAAGGGACAGGACAAAUCCGAGGCUGACCCGGACGGAUCAACACUUGGUCCGGGCGAAGUCGACGAGGCACCUGAAGCUGGGAAGGGCUCGAAGAAAGGAAAACAAAAGUCCGAGACAUACAAACAGGCUUGGUCCGUGUCCGAGCAGCACCUGCUCGAACGACUGCUUGAGGAAAUCCCCGACGGAACGAAGAACAGAUGGGCGAAGAUCUCACAAGCCAUGGGCGGCCGGCGCACUGCGAGGCAGGUCGCGAGCCGAGUGCAAAAGUACUUCGAGAAACUCAAGCGGUUUGGUGUCGAGGUCAGCGGCACUGCGAAAAGUACUGCAUGAUCGUACACGGUUCAAUUUGUAACAUCCUUUUUCGGACGAUGGCAUUCAUGUGGAUCACAGUCCUUGUACAGCAACCUGUAGCCUUAUCUUCGUACUAUCCUCGAAUGUCAUAUAAAAUUCUGUGCAAA